GUCGAGUGUGAUGUGAGCCUACGGCAGAUUCGUGGGUAUUGGGUGUUCGUGGCCAUUGACUGUGGGCUGGCCUUCGCCACUAUCUUUCCAGUUAUCUGCAUCCCACCCUUUUUGUACCUCCUCGUCAAGUACAACUUUAUCUUGAAGAUAAACUUCAAGCGAGAACAAGUACAGAACAACGAUUGCUGGUCGUUGUUGGCCAAGUUUCAAUCAUGUUUCAUCAUCGUCUUUGACUUUUGCUUGCUGUUUGUUGGCUGGAUUUGGAUGCUUGUGGAGAGUGUGCGCUUUCAUUUGGACUGUGCAUGGUUCUGGACUGGCUGGGAAAAGCUGCUGGAAAGGGACAAUUUCAAGCCAUUGCUCAUUGUAAGCUAUAUGCAGGUCUCUUUCCUCAGAAACAGCCUCUUUCAGCUGGCUCUACUGUAUGUCCAGAUCCUUCGACACCAAGUAUGCAAGGCAGACAUCAUGGUUCGCCAGCAUAAGGACAGCUUCAAGAAGAAACUUGUCGAUCCUGACAAGAAAGCCAGUGCGGUCUUGAAAGUAAUGGAGAUGAUCAUUGCAAAGAAGCAUGGCUCAUAUUCUUUGGAUCGUCGUACCUCAGUGAUGAUCUUCAUGUUGGUGGUUUCCGCCGUGCUGCUCAUUGUUGGAAUGGCUGACUUGGCCGAACGGAAGGAGCAGGAAGCACGGGAGGUCUUGUUCGCAGGCAAAGAUGAUGACUGGUGGCAGGUAAGGUCACACACUGCUACAGUGAUAAUGUCCCUUGGAUGGAUCCGACUUGUUUCGUUGGCGCUGCACGUGGUCAGGAGCUACCAUAAGAAUGUGGACAAGGUACUGCUCUUCUCAGCGACAACAGCAACAACUCCGUUCUCUCCGCGGCCGGAAAUGUAUAGCGCUCGCGUGCGAGCCCGGCUGAAGGACAUGGAGCUCCAGAAGCUUGUGCUGGAAGAUGAGAAUAGCGAGGCUUUGCCAGGUGCAAACAAGGAGGAGCCCAAAACUCGCGAAGCCUCGAUUCGCCUUGACCUGGCCGAACUCAAAGAUCUACGAGCAUGGUGGCUCCUGCGACGGUACACAGAGAUCGACCUGGUGAAUGAGAUCGUGCAAGUUGAAAGCUUUGGAGUCAUGGUCGCAUGCCUCCUUGCUGUUUUCUUCAUUCUGGCACUGCUGGAUGCAAUCCUGCGCUUCAACCUGCUUACUUGGGGCUUUGUACUUGUCUACCUGGCUUCCUUUUGCUUGUGGCCGCUGCUCGGUCAGGUCUUCGAGUAUGGCAUUGAGGUCAACUCCAUCACUGCGCUGGAGGCUCGUGCCUUGUCUGACGCGAACAUCAAACUCCUGUUGUCGAACGAGCAGAGCACGACAAAUUUGGCCUCCAU